GGCUAGGGGAACUGCACUUAACUAGAGUCAAGCAAGCUCACAAGUUUCGUUGUAUGUGGGCGGUCCGGAAGAGCGGGGCUGCGAACCUAAAAAUGACUAUUAGCAAGGAGGAAAAUGCGGAGACUCAAAUCCUCAUGCCUAAGCCGUCGCUCGGCAGCAACAACGGCUCGGCGAUGGGCAAGCACAUUUUCGGCUUGCCUUCGGUGCUCGUGGCUGGUCUCUGCUACUGCGCGGCAUCCGGCUCAAUGGUGUUGCUAAACAAGCACGCGCUCGCAUCAUUCGGCUUCGGUUCUCCCACUGCGCUGCUGUGCUUCCAAUGUGCGCUGGCGGCCAUCCUGGUGAAACUUUGCGAGCUGGUUGGGUUUGUCAAGCUGCAACCCCUGAAGCCGGACCUGGUAGCCGUUUGGUUCCCUGUGAACCUCAUCUUCGUAGGGAUGAUCGGGACUUCUUUCUACGCACUCAAAGAGGUCGGCGUGGGCAUGGUGACCGUGUGGAAGAACCUGAGCAACGUGGUCACCGCCUGCGGUGACGUGUUCAUCUACAAGCGCACGUACACGUGGCAGGUGUGGGGCUGCCUGGGCCUGAUGCUGGUGUCGGCCGUCGCGGGCGCCUCCACGGACUCGCGCUUCACCUGGCUGGGCUACUCGUGGCAGAUCGCCAACUGCUUCUUCACCUCCGCCUACGCCCUUUAUCUGCGCUCGGUGAUGGAUAAGGUGGCGGAGCACACCACCAACAAGCAGAAGAUGGACGAGUUCAGCAUGGUGUACUACAACAACCUGCUGUCCAUCCCGCCCAUCCUGGUGGCGAUGUGGUACUUCGGCGAGUUCGAGGGGCUGCUCGACGAGCCGGCCCUGCGCAACCCCAACUUCCUGUUCGUGUCAGCCAUGGGCGGCAUCAUCGGCUUCGGCAUCAGCUUCAGCAGCCUGUGGUACCUGUCCCAGACCACCGCCACCAUCUACUCGCUGGUGGGCGCGCUGAACAAGAUCCCUGUGGCGGUGGUGGGCAUGCUGGCGUUUGCGGAGCCCACCAACCCCAAGAACCUGACCAGCAUCAUCAUUGGCCUGGGCGCCGGUGUGCUAUUCACCCGCGUGAAGAGCAAGUAGAGCCGCGGCUCGGCCACGGGCGGCUGUUGCCGUCGCAGGAGUAAACGUUAUUAUUGGUGUCGAGCGUUCACGACGGGAUUUGGGGCGUGCGCUUUGGCGAGUGGUGUAAGCGAAGGAGGCACUUGCAGGAAGGCGGGAACGGAAGCUUAGAUGGUUGUCAUCUCCCACUUGCAUGCAUGAGCGGCUGAUGGCAUCGUUGGUCACGGCUGGCUGCAUGGAGUUCUCUUGCAUGCUGGCAUCUAACUGAGCGGGGCUGAAGGUGCAGGAAGUUGAAGGUUGCGCUGGGUCCGUCCGGAAUGGCGGUUAUGGUCUGGGGCACAGAAUUCAUGACUCUCGGGUGCGUACGAAGGAUGUGCGCGCUGACAUUCCAUUCAUAGUCAACAGAUGGAUUGGCAAUACAUAUGCUCUGUAAAGAUACCAGGUG